GUACAUGUAUUCAGGAUAUUUAAUGUGUUCACUGUUCUUGUUGGGUACCGAAGCAUAUAACCAUGUUACACAAGGUUGCAUGAGUGUUGACCAAUUUCAUCAGUGAGAGCGCGAGUAUGUAAAUAUAGAUAUGAGUACAUACACCUGUUGAUGUGAGAUGAAUCCACAAGUGUGUAUUAUCAGAACAAUAGCAUCAUACACACUGCAACAUUGUGAAAUCUGCUUGAUGAAAGAUUAUAAAUAAACAAAAUAAUUGUGCUUGUAAUUGUAAAAAAACUACUAAAGAUGACUUCAAAAUCAUAAACGCAUCACUUAAAGAUGAAAAGUCAUAAAAAAGAUGAAGAAGGAAAAGAGAAAAUUCGUGGAAAUAUUGUUUACUAUGUAAAUGGAUAUGAUAAUGAGGAAAUGAAACCCACUAAAAAGAUUAAAAAGAAGAAAAAACACAAGGAAAGGGAAAAUGGUAAUACUUCAGACCAUGUCAAAGAUGCUAUAGAUCCAGUAAUUAGCAGAAUGGGAGAGGAUGGCCUGCAUCAAGCCUGCAGCAGAGUUAUUAAUAAUAACAAACUCAAGAAAAAAAAGAGAAAGGCAGAAAAAUUAAAAUCAAGUAUUGAAGUAGAGCAGGAAUCUGUAACUACAGCUGAUGGUGGAAAUGAAAUGAUGGAAGAUGAUAAAGUACAGAUUGCCAAACAGGAAGAUAAAAUUUUACACAGGCAUGGUGCUACAAUGAACAAUGAAGAAAAGUUAGAUACAUUACACACUGCAUGUGAUGAACUUACUAGUUUAGAAGAAGAAUUACAGAAAAGAUUUCAAAAUUGUCAAGAAUAUCAAAAAGAGAUUGAAGAUGCUGAAAAGUAUUUGGAUAGAAGACAAGCCAUGGUCAAUAGUAAAGAAUCUGAUUUGAUUCAACUGGACGAGGAAUUGGAUAAUUUACAGAGAGAGCUUGAGAUGAACAAAACACAGUUAUCUAAUUCUGGUGUUAAUACAGACAAUGUCAUGCCAGCUUCACAAAGACAAAGAUUGUUGGAGUUCACCUCGCAAGACGAGGACUACAUACUGAAGGCAAACAUUCGCAAACUUCAAGGUGAUUUAAAAACAGCUGAACAAACCAUCAUGGAGAGGACUGCAGAACUGGAGAACGUCAAACAAGAACUUCUUGAACUACAACUUGACAGGAGGAAGAAAGAACAGAAAAUAAAACAUUUGGAAACUCAACUGGAAGUAACAAUUGGACAGCUGAAUCAUCGACACUCAACUGUAGAUAUAUCUGGCAACUCCUCAAUGAGCUUUUCAGGGAGAUCGCAUGCUGUACGUCAACAUGCAACAUUGGACAGGAUGAACUCCACAGCAGAGCUGAGCAUAAAUCAAAUAGCUCAAAUAAACAGAAAUCGGAGACUGACUGUGAGUGAUAUAUCUAAUAAGACAGAAUCUACAAUAGUCAAAUCUGGAGACACAGAGAUAUCUUCAGUCAGUAUACAAAGAAAAAAUGCCAGUUCUACUUGUACUAUUGUGUGA